CCAUCCCCGCCUCUCUUCGCCGUCUUCUGCAGGCGGGCGCUUCCUACCAGGCCACCAUGGUGACCCUUGGCCUGUCCCGCGUCGACGACGCCGUGGCCGCCAAACACCCGGGCCUGCCCAGAGGAGGGACUGGAGGGACGGUGAGAGAAGAGGGAGGGAGGACUGAGCCUCGAACUCCUUUCCGUCUCCCAGGGACUCGGGGAAUAUGCUGCGUGCCAGUCAAACGCCUUCAUGAAGGGCGUGUUCACCUUUGUCACAGGCACCGGCAUGACCUUCGGCCUGCAGAUGUUCAUUCAGAGAAAGUUCCCGUACCCGAUGCAGUGGAGCGUGCUGAUGGCUGUGGUUGCAGGCUCUGUGGCAAGCUAUGGGGUGACAAGAGUGGAGUCUCAGAAAUGCAGCAAUCUCUGGCUCUUCCUGGAGACAGGACAACUUCCCAGAGACAGAGGCACAGAUCCACACAGCUAAGAGAGCAUCACCCAGUUCACAACUGUACCUCCAGCCCCAACCUGGCCCUCCCUGCCUCACACAGGCUUCCUCACCUAGAGCAAUGUCGGGCGCUCCAAAUCCAGGGGGUGAAGGACAAGAUCGCACAGAACAAAGCAACCCAGGCCCUUCUGCGCAGCAACAUCCGUCGUGGGGCCCAGGACUGGGCUUUGGCCAAGAAGAACGACCAGUGGACCAUCUCCAAAGCUUGUGGGAAGGACGUGCACAUGAGGAUGGCGCAAGGCCGCAGCACCGUGGAGGUGGCACGGGCGAAUCUGCGCAAGUACGUCUUCGAUCGUGUGAAUGCGCACAACGUGCUGAUCCAUCUGGUGCGGCGGCGUGAGGAGAGGCUGGAAAGCAUGCAACUGGAACUGGCCAGCCUGCGGAACAAGUCAGAAGCCUCCAAGGAGGAGAAGUGGAUGCUGCAGGUGCCUCGGGCGCGGAGCUCUGCGAGCUCGCCUGGUCCGAAGCCUCCGAAAGGACGGGGCUACGGGGGCAGGGCUCUGUUGGCUGGCGGACCCUGCAGUGUAGGGCUCCUUGGUCUGGAGGGGACUCAGCGGCAGGACAGGUCCUCUAGAGGAGCGGAGCUCCAAUGGAGAAGGCGCAGCCAUGCGGGAGGGGCUGCACUAGGGGAGCGACCCCUUGGAAGAAAGCCGAGUGCUGGGCAGGGUCUCUGCCACUGGCUGGCAUGUCCCCAGGCGCCCUCAAUGAACCCUGUGCUGACCCAGGUCAUCCGCCAGCUGGAGAACAACAUCGAAAAGACGACGAUCAAGAUCACCACUUGCCAGAACAUCCACCUGCUGUACCUGGGCCUGCUGGACUACCUGAAGAAAGUACUUGUAGGAUACCCCACGGAGCUGGACAAGCUGCAGAACCUGGUGGUCAACUACUAUUCAGAACUGUCGGACAUGUCAGUCCUGUCCCAAGAAGCCAUGAUGAUUACUGAUGAGGUCAAGAGGAACAUGAGGAAAAAGGAGGCGUCCUUCAUUGAGGAGCGCAGGGCACGGGAGAACCGGCUCAACCAGCAGAAGAAGCUCAUUGACAAGAUCCACAGCAAGGAGACCAGCGAGAAGUACCGCCGGGGCCAGACAGACCUGGACUUCCCCUCCAGUGUGAUGAUUUCGGAUACUCUGAAGGUGAAGAAGAAAGAAACUUCUGCAGCAGAACUUGAAUACCAGACGGAGGUGACUGCUUGGGUGGAGAAGGUCAAGUCUGCAGUGCGAUGCUCUCACCUCUGGGACAUCGCUGGCUGCUUCCUGGCUCAAAAAAACACAGAGGAGAACCUGGAGCUGCAGAUGGAGGACUGUGAGCAGCGGCGGGUACAGCUGGAGGCCCUGAUGAAGAAGCUGGAGCUGGAGGAGGCACUACUCAAGUUCCACCAGAUGCCCAGCUCUGUCAGCUUUAAGUCCAUUGAGUCCAAGAUAAAGAACAUGCUGCAGGAGGAAGAAGCCAGGCUCCAGGAGGCCUACAACCACAUGACCAGGAGCCAGCAGCUACUGCUGAUCCUCCAGACAGGCAUUGACAACCUGUACAUCCGGCUCAUCGGCAUCGCCUUGCCUGCUGCCCAGAAAGAAGUGGCACCCUCCGAUACCCUUGAUUUGUUUAGUAAGCUGACAUACUGCCAGGGGAAGCUCAUGUACCUGGUUGACCGCCUGCAAAUGCUGCCCAGGACUGAGGAGGUCAGCACAAAGGUGAGGGACACCCUGGAGUCCUCAACUCUGAAGGAGAAGCACAACACUAGGAUCACCUUUGAAGAUGCAGAGGAGGACAUGAUAGAAAGCUUCCAGUUUGGCGACGUGGACCACAGCUACGUCCCGUCGCGGGCCGAGAUCAAGAAGCAGGCCCAGGGACUGAUCGAGGAAAGGCUCAAGGCGGCCAAGAAGAGGAGGAAGUAAUACCACCCGGGAUUGUUGCACGAAUAAACAUUUUUCCAGGA